CAGCUGUGCCGGCAAAACAAACCACAUCUGCUCAAAGUUUCUUGAAUAUUCCACGGUUUUAGGAUUUCGCGAGUAAUCAAUGAGCCACCGUGAUAAUGGAAGAUAGGAAUGAAGAAAUUGAACCGUGCAGGAGCAUCGGGCCUCAUGAACUAGAUGUAGUGAAGAGUCAGGCGGUGAUUAAGUUGUCACCCGUGCAGCUGCCCGCCCACUUCAAGCGGCUGGAGUGCAACACAAACUUGAAUUUGCCUCCUCUAAACUGGCUAACCACAUCGCACAGUAGCCAUGGAUUACACCAGGCCCUGUAUCAGAGUGCCGGAUUUGCGAGUUUUCGAUUGGGCCAGAUGUUUCCCGACUGUGUGGGCGAGGUGGAUGUGGUCAGCGAUGCAGAGAACAUAAAACAGCUGCUCAAGUUGCCGUACAGCGCACAGAGCGCCAUCAGCAUGGUGGUGCACAAAGUGGGCAACACGUUGCUCCUUGACGAGUUCGAUAUUCAAAAGUAUCUGCUGCGAAAGGCGGACGACGACUGGAAAUGGCUGCGAUCAUUCAUUCUGGAGCACAUCCUCACAUAUGGCGACAAGCAGCAUAAUUACUGCUUGAAGGAGCGCUCUCGCGAGGUGCUGCAAACCAAGAACCUUCUAUCGAAGUUUCUGUAUCACAGCCUAAAACAAACUGGCGAUGAUUUAGACUACGAUGUGGCCACCACACCCACUCAGUUGACCAGCAGACGGCAGGGUUUACCCAUCGCGGGUCCCGUUCUUCCCGAACCCAAAAUAGAGGAGAAUGUGCCGGAUCCGAAGUCCAGUCAUGCCUUCAAUAGGAAUGUGGUCUGGACCUUUGAGGACAUACGUAUGUUGAUUGGCACCGAUAUGCCCAUUUUUGGAGGACCCAACAGGCCGUGUAUCAGCUUGCGUUUGAGGGAUGCAGCCCAGCCCAUAAAUGUACUCACAGGAAUUGAUUACUGGCUGGACAACCUCAUGUGCAAUGUGCCCGAGGUGGUAAUGUGCUACCAUCUGGAUGGUAUAGUGCAGAAAUACGAGAUCAUCAAGACUGAGGACCUGCCCUACCUGGAGAACUCGCAAUUUUCACCUCAGGUCGUUCGCAAUGUGGCUCAGAACAUCCUGGCCUUUUUGAAGGCCAAUGCCACCAAGGCGGGCCACACUUACUGGCUGUUUAAAGGACGCAACGAUGACGUAGUGAAGCUGUAUGAUCUCACCACUUUAUGCCAAAGCCAGGCAGCUGAGAAAUCGGAGGGUGAUCCGCCCCAGCAACAGGCAAAUCCCUUCACAGUUCCGGUGGGCAUGCUACUGUACUCGGUGGCCCGAAACAUGAAAAACACAUUGCCGCACAUUAGUCCCAAGGCAGCGGGUAACAUACGUGCUUUGUUGGACAAUUGCAUCAAGCUACUGCCCAAGGAGCAAUACCCCCAGAUCGUCAGCUCUUCGCAUUACAUUCUCUCGGAUCUGCAUGUGCCUGCGGGCAUUGAUCCCAAGGCGCCCAAGUUCGAGGAGGUGGAUUCGGACGAUCAGUCGCUGUACGACGACGAUGAGGAGGAGGAUGAAGAGGAUUAUGAAGAUGAACUUCUGGAUUAUCAAAGCGAGAAGUGCUACCAAAGCAGCGAGCAGGGCGGCGGCAAGGCCAACGUGGCAGUGCGGCAUAUUUGUGAUGCCCUGAGGGACUUCAAAUCCCAUGCCAAGAAAUCCAAGCCGGCUCCACUUUUGGCCACAACUGCAGAGAGGUGUAGUAUUUCUUUGGAGCACAUCAGUGCUGGUCUGUCCUGCCUGCAGUACUUUAAUGGCAGUCAGGAGGAGAAACUGAAGGAAUCGGAGACGAAUGCCAAGCAGGAGGAGAAGCGUCGCAUUCUUCACGAGGAGCAGAACCCAAACAUGGCCAAGCCUUUCAGUGCCAUUCCUCUGCCCUACGAACAGCUUAAGCUGAGCCAGCAGCCAGUCCAAGUUGUAAAGAAACCAAACUCCAAGGCCAAACGGAGCAAGUCCAAGGAGUUAGCCACCACUGCCAAGUCGAGUUCCACCAAUGCCAGCAAUCAGCAGAUGAGUGCCAAGUUCAACACACAGCACUUUGGCUCCUGGAACGUGCAUCUCAAGCUGUUGCUGCUGGAGAAGGCAUGUCUGACAUUUGCCACCCUGGCAGAGCACUAUUACGAAUCCCGUAGAUACGGUUCCACACUGCGAUCAAUUGAGCUCGCUUGCCGAUGCCAACAGGUGCUCAACAAGUACAUGGCCAAUGUGGUUUCCCAGCACAGUUGCCUUCUGGGUCGAGCAGGGGACUGUUUCUUCCAAAUGUCCAAGAACUGGGAGGCCAUUGAGGAGUACGUGCAGCAGUAUGAAGAGCAAGAUGAAUCUGUGGGAGUUAUUGGUGAAGAAUUGACGCAGGAACUGGAAGGAGAGGAGGAAGAGUUUCCAUCGCUGGCGCCGGCUAACAACUUGGAGCAGGUGAUGUUGCACAGCUGCAAGUGCUACGAACAGGCUUUGGAGCAUGCACAUAAAACGGAGAGCAAUGAGCUUCUCAGGAGAUUGGGGAACGUGCGGAACGAGCUGGGUCUUAAGUACAUGUACUGGGCUCAAGAGGAGUACAGCGAACUGAUGAAGAAAAAGGAGUCUGGCGAUGAUAAACCAGUGGAAAAACCAACUACAGAUUCAAACGAGCCUCUCUAUGUUAAGCUGACUGUCAAUUCUUAUGAUUGCCUACGUCGAGGCAUCGAAGCAUUCACUGCCGUGGAAGAUAAUGUAAAUCUGGCCUUUCUAUAUUGUAACAUGGGUCGAUUUAUGCGACUGCGCGCCCAUCUUACCAUGCCCAAUGAAAGUACCAUUACACUAGAUAGCCAAAAAGCCUUCUAUAGCGAGGCGUUUAACUACUACGAAAAGGCGAAAGAUUGCCUGGAUACUCGAAAAGCGAAUGCUGAGCUGUGGGACCUUGUUCACUGGGAACUUUCCACUGCCACUUUUACAUUAGCCAAACAACUUCAGGACUACAGUGCGGCAGACAAAUCCAGCCUGGCUGAUGCCUCAAAGGAGGUGCACGAAUUGCUCCAGAAGUCACUGCGACUUUGUGAUGUGGAGCACCCAGGUGCUCGUCAAGUACUAUAUAGUUUUCGAUCAGGACUGAUACACAAAAGGAUUGCCUCGUUUCACUACGCGCAGCUGCGUUCCCACGGCUGCUGUGAUUUUUCACAGCUGCCCAAGUCGACUCUACAACUGUGCAAGUAUCACUACGAAAAGGCCACGCAAAUACUGGAGGCUCUCAAGGAGGUGGGCGACCUGCUGGUGGUACAGCUGGAGCGGAUCUCCCUACACGAAUUUCUGGCUGAACUUUCCACUCAUACCGCUCAGAAGAUCAAGCAAAUGCAAGCGGCUUUGGACAUUUGCUUACAGUGCCACCUCAUAUUUGACCACGUCAUCGAUGCUAACAGUGGUCAGGUGGCCGACGAUGAGUUUGCCGGCCAUUUGACGCUCUUUGAGAGCCGCUUGCAGAAUGCUCUGAAGACGCUAACGAAGCUCACGCUGACCGGCAAGGAUCCCAAACAGCUGUCCAAGCUGUACAAGCGCAUGUAUAUGGAAACCUUGACUGGGAAACAUGGCCUAGGGGCCCAGCAAUCGCCGACAGCUUGCUUAAAGCAUUUGCACAUGCUGCUCGCCCGGCUGCGGGCCAUGUGCGAUACCCAGUUGGCCCGCGACUAG